AUGGCUUCGAUGCAUACUGAGACCGACAACCAGAGCAGCUUGCGAAGCUCGGUUGCCUCAUCCGUCGACCCCGAGAAGAGGAAUUCCUACCUGGCGGCUUUUGCAGACUACGUGUCAUCGACCUUUUCCACGGAAAACUUGCCACGCUACGAGGAGAGCGGCGACGACACGAACAGCUUGGCGAAAUGCUCAUUAACAGGCGGCGGCAGUGAUGUGGCAAAUGGAGCUUGUGAGGGUCCCCCUCAGGCUGAUCUGAACGACAGAGAAAAGAAUACCAACGAGGACGACGGCGACGGAACGACAAAAACUCGCCGGGUAGCCAUCGGCAUUGCUCUCGCGCUGACCAUGUUCGUGGUUUCUCUCGACUCCACCAUCAUCUCUACAAUCAUCCCACAUCUCAUUGAAGUAUGGGGAGACAUGUCCGAGUUCUCGUGGUACGGAUCCGCGUACCUGCUGCCCAUCCCCGCAUUACAACCAGUCUUCGGAAAGGUGUAUCCUUACAUGAAUACCAAAUACGGCUUCCUCGCUGGCUUGUUUUUCUUCGAAAUUGGAUCCCUGAUCUGCGCUCUGGCAAACUCCUCUAGCAUGUUCAUUGCAGGACGCGCGGUGGCUGGAACAGCGGGCGCGCUGAUGGCGCCUGGUGUCAUGCUCAUCAUCGCCGAUGUGAUUCCCAAGGAGAAGCGCCCAUUGUUCACCGGACUCAUCGCAUCCGCUGCUGGCAUUGCCUCGUGUCUCGGUCCCAUCAUUGGGGGUAUUCUCACAUCUCACUCGUCCUGGCGCUGGUGCUUCUACAUGAACCUACCCAUCGGCGGUUUCACCGUCGCCGCAAUGACCAUUCUCUACAAGCCGCGUCCGCGGGACCCCAACGUUUCGACAUUCUGGGAGAAAGUCAAGUCUCUGGAUCUCCCGGGCAGCGCGCUGAUCGCCGGAUCGGUGACUUGUCUUCUCCUUGCCUUCACUUUUGCCGGGGAGGGCGCCUGGUCUGACCCGAUCGUCAUCGGCUUGCUGAUUGCAUUCGCCAUGCUCCUCAUUGCCUUGGUCGUGGAGCAGUGUCUGGUCCCAGACAACAGGGCGCUGAUUCCGCGCAGCAUCAUACGCAAGAGAGGUAUCAUCAUCUGCUCCAUCUUCGGAUUCCUGACCGAAAUCGGAUCCGCCAGCGAGGUCUAUUUCCUUCCUUUCUACUUUCAGGGCGUCAAAGGCAGCACAGCCGAAGGCAGCGGCAUCGACCUCCUCGCGUACCUGCUCGCCCAGACAGUCGGCGGAAUCAUGACUGGCAUCGCCAUCAACCGCUUCAAGCUGUUCAACCCGUCAAUGCUCUUCGGCGCCGUCGCUUUUUCUGUCGGCUCCGGCAUGCUGCACACGCUGUCGGCGUCCACCCCGUCGAGCGAGUGGAUCGGCUACCAGAUUCUCGCCGCCUUCGGCACCGGCUGCUGCCAAUUCAUCGCCAUGGGCAUCGCGCAACAGGAGUUGGACAGGCACGAGGAGUCGAUCGGGCUCGCGGUCGUGUAUAUGAUCAAGAUGCUUGGAAGUUCCGUCGCCGUGUCGCUUUGCAGCACCAUCUUCUACCAGGAGCUGCAAGACAGUCUUGAGGAUUCGGGCCUUUCGCAGUCUGCCAUCAACGGCAUCAUGAGCAACCUCGUUUUGAAGAGCGGUAGCGGAGGGUCAGGCGAUCCUUCCACGCGCGUUGCCGUUGUCAAGGCCGUGGCCAAGGGAGUCCAGACCGCCUUCAUCAUUCCCAUCGUGUCCGGUGUUCUGUCCUUCUGCGUUGCGCUGUUUCACAAGUGGAAGAAGAUUGGACCCGCCGACAAGGCGGCUGAAGACGUCAAGACUGAGACGGAAAGGGAAUGA